AUGAAAAGUUUAAUAAAAUUGUUGUUAAUAUUUGGUUUUUUGGAAAUUGCUUUAAGCAAAUCUGUUGAAAGUGAAGAAUUUGCAUUAAUUGGAGAUGUGGAAAUUGAUGAGAUUACCGGUGAUGUCGAUGAGAAAACGUUAAUUGUUGAACCCGAGCCUGAACCGUUGAAAGAAGUUGAUGGAUUUGUGAAUUUUGAGAUUCUUCCAGAUGAAAUUUUCGACGAUAUUUUGGCGAAUGUAACAAAGCUUAGAAGCACAAGAAUCGUCUAUGGAAGCAUUGCUGCUACUAACCAAUUCCCAUAUUACGCAUAUCUAAUUAUUUACCGUCCUGGAGUUAGUAUAUUCUGUGGAGGCACUUUGAUUACCACUCAAUGGCUCACCACAGCAGCUCACUGUGUAAGAGAUUAUACUGGCGCUCAGGCUUACUUUGGAUCGAUAAAUAAAAAUAAUAUGCCUGUGAAAAUAACAGCUUCUGGACAUUACGUUCAUGAAGAUUGGGAUCCUUCAACUCUUGCCAACGACAUUGCUUUAAUCAAACUAUUGACUGCUGUCCCCAUAUCAAGUGCAAUUAACACUGUUCAACUUCCACCAAGAUCAGAUGUAUCGAAA